AUGGAAUCACAUUUGGAUUACGGUCCCACCCUUGAAUUUGCAGAUACAUUAUACAAUUACAUCCCCACUUCUUCCGAGACCCGAGAAAUUCAUGGAUUUUGUAGGUGGAACAUUGCAUGGCGUAAUUCGUCAAAUGUAGACAAAUUCUCUCUUCUCUGCAAUCACCACUUAAAUGAGAACCGGCUUCAUUCUUGGAUUUCUACUGUAGUAAGUGGUAACGUUAAAGAACUCCAGCUAUCCUUAAGACAAAAACGCCCUUUGUUUAUUCCCUUAUCUCUUUUUACUUGUGAAUCGCUGAUAUCUUUGAAUCUAAUAACUCACCCUGAUGUCCGUCUUCCUAAAUAUAUCUCUUUUCCGAGACUCAAGCGACUUGCACUUUAUGGAUUUGAAUUUAGCGAUGAGUCCUGGAAUGAGGAACUCUUUUCCAAUUCCCCUGUCCUUGAAGAAUUGAUUCUGCGCAGCUGCACUUAUAAUAUGAGGAAUUUCUGUAUUUCAAUUCCUACACUCAAACAUUUGGAAAUUGGUACUUGGCGCGAUAAGGAAAAUGGUUUUCGAGACCGUGUUUUCGAAAUUGAUGCACCAAGGCUUGUCACUUUCUCCUACUAUGGUUAUGGUGCAAAAGAGUUUGUCUUGUCUAAUUUUCUAGCACUAGACCAAGCAACUGUUUACUUCAACUAUCAAAAUAAAGUUGGUGCACAAGCAACAAGUCGGUUACUUCGUGCCCUUGCACAUGUUAAAUGUCUAACUGUUUAUAAUCAAACCCUUAAGGCUAUCUGCUCCUCGUACGAUCUGCCGACAUUUCAUGGUGUCAAAGUGUUGAAAAUAUCUGAUAGCAUAACCACUGAUGAAGGACUUAUUGCUUUGGUCAAAGCAGUACCUAAUCUGGAGUCAGUCGUAUUUGUUCAGUAUAUGUAUGAUAACGAAGAAGUAGAUGUCGCUGACGCUGUGAAGAGCGAUAGCAAUGAUUCAGGUGAAGACAAGCAUGACAAGGAAGAUGAUAGUUGGGCACUAGAUUGUAUGACCACUGGAUGUUUAUUUCCACACCUAAAAUCAGUUUGCUUUCAGUGGUUUGUUGGGAAUCCAAGGGAGAUGAGGUGGGUGAAACUGAUUUUAAGGAAUGCAAAAGCUUUGCAACUGAGGACUAUUCGUUACCAUGCAUCAUUUUGUUUUCGCUUUAUAGACGUGAAAAGUGAAGAAAAACUUAGGAUAGAGAUGCCAAGUUUUCCAAGAGCCUCUCGUCAGGUUGUGUGAUAAAAUUUUGUUAGAAUCAGCUUUAUUUCAAUCUUUUAAUGUGCAUCAUAGUGACUCAUACAUACUGGUAAGAAAAACCUCAACUCAAAAAUGAAACAAAACUUUUUGGAUUCUGUUCCCAAAGCCAACCAAUGGAUUGUUUUGCAUUUUUUGCUGUAGUAGAAGGGAAUUGAUCUAUAUUGUAACUGGCUUGAAAGCUCCUAAUACAAAGUUUAUUUUGA